CUGUCAAAUCUGGCACGGACCCCGACGACUCCCCGGACUCCCCUGACACCGCUAGGCUCGGACCGGCGCCGGUCUAGCGCAACCGCAUCCGGAAACCGGGUUGGUGAUUACCAGUCGAAAAGAAGAAGUAGUAGCAUCACCAUCACCAAAGAGCUGCCAGUCCAUCUCGCGUAUGCACGCUCAUACAUGCCUGCGCUGGCAGCGCUGAUGCUAUCAGGCCACGUCAAGACCGGAGAUUCCAUCGACCUGCCGAUGCCGCAUCCCGAGGUCUGGCCCCAGACGCUGGCAUACGUGUACACGGGCAGUGGAGAAUUAAGCAAGGCAGUGGAACAGAAUGUACUGCAUCUGGGUGGCAGACUAUAAUGACACACAUCAUGGUAGUUGGUGGGAGAGCGUGUGGGUUUUCUUCCUGGGCAGAAUGCACACUAACUGGCCAUUCGUCGUGCGUUGUUAUUGUCUUAUGUCGUGUUUCCAGCUUUCUGGGCACGGUCCAGUUUUUCCCUCUUUUCUUUUCUUUUGUCCUUCUCAGAAGGCGCAUCCAAGACGACCUGUUGUGUGAGCGUUGAGAUUUUCGAGUCGCUCCAGGACGUGGUCAUGAAGACAAUAAACGACUGCAACGAGAAACAUGGGAUAUGUGUUUAGGUCAGAUCAGUAAGGCUAUCAAGUCGAUCAGCCUAGUUGUUUCUGGAAUUUAGAUGAAUGAUAAUACCUGUCUCUGGG